UAGCUGCUUUGGUUUGUGUAGCAGCAAUAAGAAAACGAAAACAUUAUUGCUUCCAAAGUCAAUUCUCGACACGUACAGAAAGAAGAAGCGUUAAUAAUUCACGACAUCGAAAAAGGAAAGCAAAGUUCGGAAUAAAAACAUUUGUAAUAUUUUUAUGCUUUUUCCAUCAAAGUGUAAAGAAAAAUUGUAAACAAGGGACGUACUUACCAACACCUGUGGUGACACAGGACUACAAGGUGGUGAGAGGAAACAGGCAGUGCAGAAAAAGUGUAAAAAUUUAUUUGUUCGCAAUCUGUGCUUGAAUAAAUUAAUAGCACAGGCUAAAGUGGGGACACAAACACAACCAAGGCGGCGAUAAGGCCACGACGAUAAUAUGUAAAAUUAUAAAUUGCAACAAAAUUUAUAGAUUAACGCAAAGCUCAUACAAGUCGGAUUGAAUGUGCAAUAUAUAUCAAAUAUCAGUGGUGCCUAAGCCCAACUCAGUGUACUCGACUCAAGGUUGGUUAUCAAGUAAUAUACGACAAUUUCAGGUGAAGAAACUGCACGUCAUUGGUCACUGACCCACUAACUGUUCUAUUAUUUGUCUUGUUCGUUUAUUACUCUUUACAAGACAAGGUUUUUAUAAAUUAAGAAAACCAGAAUACAUUAAAAAUGUCUGUGCGCACCAAAGUACUUGGAUUAGUGGACGUAAUGAUGCGUGUACCACCAAUAUUAGUCAUAGAUGAGGUACUCAAAAUUAGUAUGGGACUACCAACUCGUUUUUAUCCCGCACCAGCUGAUCCGAGUUUACUGACCGCCGAAUUUACAGCAAAUCAAACACCGAGUAACACCAAAGUUACGGUAUCGUCAACGGCUUUUACGGAGCUCAGCAAUGCCAGCCUUAUAAAUAGCACUAGUGGCGAUAAUGCAGGUGGCGAUAGCCCGCUAGAGCGUGCCAUAAUUAAUGCAUCCGCUACAGCCGCCACAAGUGGUGUCCUUAGCAGUUCGUUUGGCCACAUGAUGAAUGAAUUGUCGCAGGACACAUUUCUAUCAGAUGUGUUGUCGAUAACAUCGGUGAAGUUUAUUGUCUGUUUAAUUGUUUUUCUCAGUGCUGCUUGCAUAUUUAUGCUAUGGACACGGCAUUUGGUGAUGGUGUACAUGUUUGUGAUAUCAUUGGGUUUGACAUUUAUAUCAUAUUGGUCAAAUGUAUCUGCGCUAGCAUUAAUGGAAAAUUCGCCGUGCUUGUUAGAAGAUGUUCUUUCAUUAAAUACAGCACGACUGCUUGAUACAGGCGGUAUAGCUUUAUCGAUAUUGCCACACCUAGUGGCGCAAUGGUUUAUGGGUAUGCUCUUCGCUUAUGUGCAUUUAGGACCGCGUUAUCCAACGAUACAAAAAAUUAUGCCAGUUGUAUUUGCCGGCCCAAUAUUUUUAGCAAUGUUACCAUUACCACCGCGCAUUAUCAAAGACUUACCAGUGCUAGCCGGUGCAGUACCGUUAAUACUGACGAAAAUGACAAUGCUUAACAGUGCUGUCGACGCUGCCAAGACUGUUUAUAAUGGCUAUCAAUAUGCAAUGAAUUUUGUGUCGAAUUUUGGUUUAUCCGCAUUGAUCGAAAAUGAGUGGCAACGUUUGAAUGUGCCGAGUGUGCUGCGUGUCUUUUGGAGUAUAAGAAUUGGCCAGGAAUUAAUUUCCUUAGUACUGCUCUCAGAUAGCACUGCACCAUUAGGCUUCUUUCCCACCAUGCAGAAACUAUUGGUCGAUGGCUGUGAAACACUCACUGCCGUAUUGGGUAUGACUUCGAUAAUAUCGGUGAUUUGUCACUAUAUUGGUCGCGGGUUCCAAUGGUAUCUCUUAACAUUCGACAAUGAUGAGGAAAAAUCCUUGGGUACUGUUUCAGCGGUACUCUUCUAUAUACUCGCCCUACAAACAGGACUGACCUCUUUGUCGCCCGAUAAGCGUUUUGUCCGUUUGUGUCGAAAUUUGUGCUUAUUGAUUACAGCUUUAUUGCAUUUCCUACACAACAUUGUCUCGCCGAUACUGAUGUCAUUGAGUGCGGCACGCAAUCCCUCACGCAAGCGACAUGUACGCGCACUUACCGUUUGCGGUUUUUUGGUUGUCACGCCGGUUUGUUUGCUUGCAGUGCUCUGGUCUCGUCACUCACCUUCCACCUGGUUGCUAGCGGUAACGGCGUUCUCGGUCGAAGUUGUUGUAAAGGUGCUUGUUUCACUGGCCACAUACACGCUAUUCCUGCUCGAUGCACGACGACAAACAUUCUGGGAGAAACUUGAUGAUUAUUUAUAUUAUGUGCGCGCCUUUGGUAAUUCUGUUGAGUUUUGCUUUGGUAUAUUGCUUUUCUUUAACGGUGCCUGGAUAUUGGUCUUCGAGUCGGGCGGUGCCAUACGUGCAAUCAUGAUGUGCAUACAUGCCUAUUUCAACAUUUGGUGUGAGGCUCGGGCCGGUUGGUCCGUGUUCAUGAAGCGACGCUCCGCGGUACACAAGAUCUCAGCACUACCCGAGGCGACUUCAGCGCAAUUGCGCGCCUUCGAUGAUGUUUGCGCUAUCUGUUAUCAGGAAAUGUACUCUGCCAAAAUUACACGUUGCCGCCACUAUUUCCACGGUGUAUGUCUACGAAAAUGGUUGUAUGUGCAAGAUCGCUGCCCACUAUGUCACGAGAUUAUGAUGUACACAGAUAAGAAUGACGAAAGCGAUGAACUGACGCCCAUGGAUAGUCCCACGCCGGCGCCUAUUCAUCAGUACAAUGAUGACAUCGACGAGGGUCACAUGUCCGGUUCGUCGAACUCAACGCCCAGAUUGACAAGUAAUAAUGCAACCAACGCAAACGCUGCGGCCACGACAUCUUCAGCUGCCGCUGUAGCCGCAGCCGCUGCCAGCAAUAGUACGCAAACAUUUCGAUGGUCACCUGACAUUGGUAUACAGGAAUAAAAACAUUUGGGGUAUAGUUAAAAAAAAAAAAAAAAAAAAAAUUAAACGAAAUUUAGAAAAAAACCAAACGAACUCUUGAAUCGGGUUGCAUGUGAAUGGGGGUGGGUGUGUCAGGCACAAAAAAAAAACAUUAAGAAGCAGAAGAAAAGACAUAAAGGCGUUGGAAAUGUAGAUAACUAGUGUGUACUUAUGUAAAGCGCAAUACAUUUAUUUCGUAUGUAAAGCUAACAAUUUGAAUAUGUUAUGAUUCCAACAUAAUAUAUAUAUUAGCUGUAUAAGAGCUAAUUUUAUUUCUUGCGGUUCAAGCAACUACCCGAAAAAGGCAAGCUAUUUAGCAAGUAAUUGUAUAAAAAGAAAAAGACAAAUUCACGGCAAGCAAGCAGUAAAACAUAUGGCACAUACGCGCACACACACUCAUUCACUCACCACUAAAACCACGUUCGUGUUGCAGCAAUGACCACGGAAGAACGCGCACGAUUGGCGUUUACACUAGAUGAAAGCGGAUUCUUGCCGCCGUUGAUAACACAAUGCAUUGUUGUAGUUGCCGUACACACCUCAGCAAGGCUUACAACCCACAAAAACUCAAAA